AUGAGCGAGGAGGGUAGCCACUCCACACAGACAAAACGUCCUUUGGAUGACAGCAGCUUGUAUUCGAGUCCUGGGAAAGUUAUUCAGUCCAGUGGCAGUGAUUUCCAUGGUUCUUUUGAACAUGAUGGUAGAUUUGCCAAAAUUCAACGUGUGGAGCCUCGUGAUGAUAAGAGGCCAUCUGUACCACAUCGGAUGCCUGUUGGCUCCACCAACUUUGCUGACCACCCCAUCUCCUCUGACAGCAGGUUAGAGUCAAAGCAAAAUAAAGAUGCACGGGACAAUAAGGCAUAUGACCGCGAGACAAAAGCUGAUGCUAGGAUGAUGUAUGGAAAGCUCAUGAUAGGGAUCCUAAGGACAAGAAAAGAGAGAAGGAUGUGGAUGCAGGGGACCGGCUUGAGCAAAGAAGCAAAUAUAAUGAUAAGGAAUCAGAUGACAAUGGCACUGAAGGAGAUAUGGAGAAAGAUAAUGAAGUUUUUGGAAGAGUCCAACGCAGGAGGAUGGUGCGAUCGAGGGGAGGUAGUCAAGCAUCUCAGCGUGAACCUAGAUUUCGGUCCAGAAUGCGUGAUGGUGAAGGGUCUCAAGGGUAUCCUAGCUUCAGUCCACGAAGAAGCAAAGUUAUGGGGUCUUGCGGGUAAGUCUGAGGUGUCUGCCAUUGUUUAUAAAGCCGGGGAGUGCAUGCAGGAGCUUCUGAAAUCAUGGAAAGAGUUUGAUGUAACUCAGGAUGCUACAAAUGCUGAAAGUCUACAACAUGGUCCUACUCUUGAAAUUCGAAUACCUGCAGAAUUUGUUACUUCGACUAAUCGUCAGGUAAAAGGUGCUCAACUUUGGGGAACAGAUGUUUAUACAAAUGAUUCAGAUCUUGUGGCUGUGCUAAUGCAUACUGGGUACUGCUCCCCUACAUCCUCCCCUCCACCAUCUGCCAUUCAAGAGCAUGCAACUAUUCGUGUUCUACCACCACAAGAGAGUUAUACUUCAACACUGAGGAACAAUGUGCGCUCACGUGCUUGGGGUGCUGGGAUUGGUUGUAGCUUUCAGAUUGAACGCUGCUGCAUUGUCAAGAAAGGUGGUGGCACCAUUGAUCUUGAGCCACGUCUUAGCCACACAUCAGCUGUGGAGCCUACUCUCGCCCCAGUUGCAGUUGAGCGUACAAUGACGACAAGAGCUGCAGCUUCCAAUGCACUGCGUCAACAAAGAUUUGUCCGUGAAGUGACUAUACAGUACAAUCUGUGCAAUGAGCCAUGGUUAAAAUAUAGUAUAAGCAUUGUGGCAGAUAAGGGAUUGAAAAAGUCUCUGUAUACUUCUGCUAGACUGAAGAAAGGAGAAGUCAUAUAUUUAGAAACACAGUUUAAUAGGUAUGAACUGUGCUUCAGUGGAGAGAAGCCUCGUAUUAUUGGAUCAAGCUCCAAUGCAUCUGAAUGA